UGUAUUAAAGUGUGUGUGUGUUGAGCUCGUGCGGGUAAACCCCGCCCCCAGGCGUGUCGUCACCGCUGUGCUCUCGGUCAGUGUGUGUCUCUGUGCUGCUGCUGUUUCUCUCUGUGUUUCAGUAGCGGCGCUCUGUGCUCUCUGCACUUCUCUCAGGUUUACGGGGAUUCCUCUGUGUUAAAGCUGUGUGGAUGGCUGAUAAUUGCUGUUGUCAUUGGAAGAUAACCAUGGGAGGAGCACCCUGACCGAGACGGGAAAGUGCAUCAAGAACCGAAAUCAUGGCUGCCCAUCGAAUUCGCUCAGCAAAUAACAAUAAUGCUCUUCCUCGCUGCAAGUCUGAGGGAGCACUUAUUGAUCUGAGUGAAGGAGUUUCAGAAGCCACCCUCACUGAUGUUAAAGUGCCUACUCCUAGUGCCUUGCGGCUGGAUACAACUGCCUCAAUUGGUUCUGCAAGAGAAGUUAUUGCCAUUAAGGAUUACUGUCCAUCAAGCUUCACUACCUUAAAGUUUUCUAAAGGAGACUGUCUCUAUGUUCUCGACACAUCUGGUGGCGAGUGGUGGUACGCCCACAAUAAUACGGAGAUGGGUUACAUUCCAGCAGCCUACGUUCAGCCUAUUAAACAUCGAGACUCUUCGUUCUGCGACAGCGGCAUGAUCGACAGUAUCGGAGAUGUUUCUAAGGAUGGGGCCAAAGAGGUGGAGCAGCGUGGGGAGUGGUCUGCAUUCACACAACCUGCUCUUCCUCAAAACGGGAAUCCUUUUGUGACGAGGCGGAUGUCUACCAAUCCUUUCCUUGAUUGUUCCUUGCAAGGCACAGCUGAUCAAAACCAGAGUGUCCAGAGUUCUACCGACCUCCACAGAUUGGACUCUAAGGCCAGCAGCACUGUUAACAUCAACGGUUUUGGGAGUGAUAUAUUUGACAGAAACUUCUUGUCUCCGAACCUGGGGAAGAGUCAAGUUCUCCGAAGAGACAACCCAUUCUACAGAAGCAAGCGCUGCUACAGCUUGUCAGAACUGUCUGUCUUGCAAGCCCAAGCAGACUCAUCUGAAGAGUUUGUAAGCUUCUUUGGUGGUUUGAAAGCGCCUGCACCUGAAGAGUUUCAGAGCCGUGAAGACUUUAAAAGUGCCUGGUUAAGCCAUAGAAAGCUGGCAAGGUCCUGCCACAACCUGGAUUCCAUUGGACAAAAUCCUGGCUGGGGUCAAACGCAGCCCAUCGAGACUAACAUCGUAUGCAAACUGGACAGUUCAGGUGGUGCUGUUCAAUUACCCAACACUAGCAUCAGCGUCCAUGUUCCUGAGGGCCAUGUCUCAUCAGGGGACACUCAGCAAAUAUCUUUGAAAGCUUUACUAGAUCCACCACUGGAGCUGAACAAUGACAAAUGCACUACUGUGAGCCCAGUGGUGGAGGUUAAACUCAGUAAUAUGGAGACUAAAACCACCAUAACCUUAGAGAUGAAAGUGUCUGUGGUGGUAAAGAUGGAGAGUCGACAAAAGGCCGAAGUGAUCUGCGUCAGGAGCGACUGCAAGGAGGGACCGUACAUUCCAGUUCCUCAUGCCUACAUGUACGGAGAUACUGUUCAAGUAGCCUUGGACAAUUUAGAGCCGUGUAUGUAUGUGUCAGUUGUUGCUCAAGCCCAAGUCGUAGCCCCGUACGCUACGGUCUGGGAACAUGUAGUGAAGAAGGUCACGCUUGGCGUAUAUGGCCCCAAACACAUCCACCCAUCCUUCAAAUCAGUGGUCGCCAUCUUUGGUCAUGACUGCGCUCCAAAAACCUUACUAGUAAGCGAAGUUAAGAAGCAGUCACACUGCACCCCACCAGUGACCCUGCAGUUGUGGGGCAAGCACCAGUUUGUCCUCGCAAAGCCUCAAGACCUUCAAGUUGGGAUGUACUCCAACAUGUUAAACUUCGAAGUGAAGGCCAGUGAGCAGGAAAGGAUAGUAAGAGGCUUCCAACUGAAACUCGGCAAAGUGUCCCGACUCAUCUACAUGAUAUCUGCCCGUGACCCAGCAAAAAUCUCAGACUUCACUCUGCGGGUUCAGGUCAAAGACGACCACGAUUGCAGCCUCGCCCAGUUCUGCGUCCAAACUCCCACGCCUCCCCCGAAGGCAGCCACCAGGGGCUCAGUGCAGAGACGCUUCCUGAAGAAGAAGGAAGUCAACAAAAUCAUCCUGUCUCCUCUUGUCUCAACCAUAAAGUACCCUGUGUUCCAGGAUAGACCCAUCAAAAACCUCAAAUUUGGAAAGCUGUUGAAAACCGUAAUCAGACAGUCCAAGAACCAGUACCUGCUGGAGUAUCUGAAAGGAGAUGUGGUGGCACUUCUGAGCGAGGAAAAAGUCAAACUAAAGGGGCAUCUCUGGACCAAAGAGUGGUAUAUCGGCUUCUGCCACAGCAGAAUCGGGCUGGUACACGCAAAGAACGUUCUAAUAAUGGGGAAGGUCAAACCGCCUAAUUAUAAGGGGGCCGAUUUGACGUCUUCUGUGCUCCUGGACCAAAUUCUCCGGCCCUGCAAAUGCCUCACGUACAUCUACGCCUCAGUGAGGACUAUACUGAUGGAAAACGUGGGGAGCUGGAGAGCGUUCGCUGAUGCCUUGGGCUAUGUCAACCUUCCUCUGACACACUUUUGUCGAACAGAGCCAGACAGCGAGGCUGAGAAAGUGGCUUCUGUUCUGGAGAAGCUUAAGGAGGACUGCAAUGCUGUGGAGGGAAAAGAAAGGAAGUCGUUCCAGAAGGAGCUCAUGUCGGCUCUGCUGAAGAUGGACUGUCAGGGUCUGGUGGCUCGGCUGGUGAAGGACUUCGCUCUGUUGACCACAGCAGUGGAGGUGGCCGGCCGGUGGAGGGAACUGGCUGAAAAACUGGCCAAAGUAUCUCGAAAGCAAAUGGACGCUUACGAGGCUCCUCACAGAGACAGAGACGGCGUGGUGGACAGUGAGGCCAUGUGGAAGCCAGCUUACGACUUCCUGGUGACGUGGGCAGCCCAGGUCGGGGAUAGCUACCGGGACGUGCUGCAGGAACUUCACGCAGGCCUGGACAAAAUGAAGAACCCCAUCACCAAACGGUGGAGACACUUGACAGGAACCCUCAUCCUGGUUAACUGUCUGGACCUCUUACGGAGCUCCGCCUUCAGUCUGGCCCCUCAGGACGACUGUGCUGUAUAGUCAAGGUCAAAGGCUUUGGAGGUGAAUUACAUCAUCAGUAUGCUGAGGUUAAGUGGAUCAGGGACAACAGCCUCAGCAAGAUACCCUGAGGUCAACAUGAACUUGUGGUCGAUCCAAAUGUGUUCAAAGUGUGGAAAACUUUUCAGAGAAAGAGCAGAGUUUCUUACAUUUGAACAUUUCAAAUGGAAAAGAGAUCAACUCUGAAACCAAACUACUGACUGAGGAAAUAACCUCAAAUAAGUGUAUGGAGCAAAGUUAUCAAACAUGCAUUAUUUGUUUGUCUGAGAAACACUGUGUCGGCAUGAGCUCAAAGCAAAGCUUGGAUCAAUGUAACACUGACUCUAAUCCAACUUUAAAAGGAUUCUUACCUUGUUUAACAUUUGAGCCCUUUGAAUAACUUUCUAUGUCUAAUUUCUAGGCACCUCAAACAUUUUUAUAUGAACUUUGCAAUUGAUUUGUUGAAACUACUUCAAAUAAGUCCUGGACUCCUAAUGAACUCUAUGAGCCCUACCUUACACCCUUUGCAAGUCACGUCUUGAUGCUUAUUGCUAUUUUACACCUGAAAACUCUAUUUUCAAGCUUUCCUUACACCUGCGUCAUUUAUAUAGCAACGGUGCUUGUAAAUAUACCCUCACUGAUGGGCGUGGUGGUCUGGAAAUUACCUGUGUUCAGAUACAUUUCUGGUGUAUUGCUAUCUUGGCAACGGAAAAUACAGGUGCACCACUGACUGAAUACAACCUAGACAGACAUCCACAUCAGAUAUUCAUGACGUAAAUGACCUGCUGGCACACCUUCACAGUGUGAAUGUCAGUUUCCUCUGCUGAGAAGCGUUGGAGACCUCCAGAUAGCUUUCGCCCCUGAAAUAGCAAUUUGCCAAAGUCAGAGUGCACUUGGAUCUUAAAGGGAAUGGCACGUGAAAUACUGAUUGUUUUAUUUCAUGAUCAACUAAGAGAAUUAGUUCAUUCCUUUUGCAUGUUUUGAGCAGUGCAAGGUGUACUUUUCCCAUCGUGACGAUAGCAAAGACACAUUUUUACACCCUAACUCAAGCAGCAUGAAUCAUACCUUUCCUAUAGCUUGCUAAAAUAGAGCCCUAGAGUUAUGCCUAGUUUACACUACAUGACUUUUUGGGUGGUCAAGUGGUGGAGUCUUUCAGUUGUUGUGUUUUUUUUUCACUAAAUGACUGAUCAGCGACACAGGGUGACAAAUUACCCACUCAUCUGACUGCAGUGAUUUGUGAGUGAUCACUUUUGAUGCCUCGGCAGUCGUCUUUCAGCAGAUCACACUAGAGGACUGAGCGAAGACAGAGUAAAGAGAGUCUCCUAAAAUCAUGUAGUGUGAACUAGGCAUUAGCGUUCUGAGUGUCUCAGCAGUCUAAGAAGUGGACAUAAAUGCCUGAGGAUUGUGAAUGCCUCACCAUCAGCAGCCAGAGUCAGAGAGAGUACAAUUGGCCAUACUUCCUCUGAUUGGUUUGGUGGCACACAUCACUCCCAUUGUAAUGCUGGCAGUCACAAACGACUGUUAGCUGAUGUAUCAGAGCUGAGGAUCUUAAAGUGGCAGUGUAUAAAGGGGCGGAGUCUGACUUCACAUGUAUCGGAGGAGGCACAUUCUGGUCCUCACCUUCCUGGUGUUAGAAGCAUUGCAAGUGAUGGCUGGAUUCAUGUUUAGAUUGGCAUAAUUUUGACUGUCAAACAGUUUAUCCAAGAUUCAUAAAGUUUGUAGUUUUCUAUUAAUAAAUGUGCAUGAGUUAUGUCAUGUUAACUUAUCUUGAACAUCCACAUCUCACCAAAGUUUAGCAUCACUUUGUUACCGAUAUAGACAAUAGGGUAAAGACUUACUGUAGGGCAGGAUUUAUAAGGGUAUAACUAGUGGUCAAAAGUUUUAGAACACCCUUAUUUUUUUCUUUUAUUUUUGCCAUUUAAGCUAUUCAGGUCCAGUCAGUAAUCAGAAAUGGUGCAAAAUCCAGUGAACAAAAUUUUGCAGGGCCUUUAAUGAAAACAAAUUAACUAAAAAAUGAAAAAAGACCUUUAAGUAUUGUUUAAAAAAAAACAAAGAUUUGUAUAUUGUAAAAAAAGUAUAUUGUACAAAAAAAUAAAAAUCAUAUAUUAUUUUUAAAAAGGUGGUGAUUUUUAGUUAAUUGGUUAAGAGCUUACAGCUGGUAAGCAACAAUGAAAAAAAUACUUAGCUUUGGAAAUGGAUGCAAUAAAUGUAAAUUUACAAAGCCUUUGUCUGUAUUACAGCAGUAAUGGAACAGAUGGUGUUACUGCACUUUCUACUGCAGCAUUUACACAACACACAGCACAUUCACACUUUUAUUAUAAUAACUAAAGACAGACACAGAAACACAGAGAACUCUGUAACUAUUAAAAGUAUAAGUCUUUACUUUAUAGAAAUUCCAGACUAAGACAGAGAGCAUCCUGAGUACUGUUUCCUACACCUUCAAUAGACUCUUAGAAACUGGAGUAAACUGCUACAGGAGUCACAUUUGGCUCAACUCAUUUUGAUAACGCAGUUAUCCAUUAUUCAUGUAGAAAAGAUACAUUUUUAAUUUAAAUAUGUUUUUAUUCUCUUCAAGCUGAUAAACUCAAAUGGAUAUUACAGACAUUGUUUUGUGAAAACUCAUUUUUUAAUUUUGCACAUUCUUUAAUUCUCAUUUUAACCACUUUACUGAAGAUGCAUGUUGACUACUGCUUAAAAUAGUUAAAAAAAAAUACUUUUUAACAUGAAAUUUCCCAAACAGUAUGACUUUACAGAAUAUGUACUACUUAACAUUUUUGGAUGUGUAUAUUUUUGCACCAAAGACAAAGAUUUUUAAAAUAGUUCUUAUUUUCUUUGUAAUUCACUGUUCACAUGUUUUGUGAUGUAAACCAGCAAAUGUAUGUUUAAAAGAUUCCUUAAAUCAUUUUGUCUGUAACAUACACUGAUGUCUAUUAAUUCAGUUUGUGUUGUUAUGCCUGCAAAUUCAUUUCUGAAUUGUGAUUGUGCCACAAAAAUGCUACUUUUAAUAAUGUGCAAUUGUGCAAUUAAGGAAAACCACUCAUGUGUUAUUACACUUUUUCAAAGUUGCCAAAGAAUGCAUUUAUUCAUUAUUUUUGCGUUGUUUUUUGAUGUAUAAAGUUUAUAAUUAUGUAAGUAUGUAUGUGUAUGUCUGUAACUUUAGUUCAGUUGACAAAUUGUCAUUUGAAAAGCCCAUUUGCCAUCCUGUUAUUGUACCCCAGAAUGCAACACACAUACAUACUCUUGUCCAGUCUUGGCCAGAAGUGUUGGCACACCUAGGUUUUUUCCAGAUAAUGAAGUAUGUUCUCCUAGAAAUGUAUUGCAAUUACACAUUUUAUAGACA